GUCACGUCAUCGCUACACCCACGCGACACCCUGAAGCGUCCUGAUCCCGACGCGGCUCGCAUACACGCUCCAUCCAGCAUUUUACAGCAUUGCGCAUUCGGCGCUCGGUGGACAGCAUUCACCGGUCCCCAUGGCGUGGUACGAUCAGGACAGCUGGCUCACGGCAGCUUUCUCCCCAAACCUGUCGACUAUCCUCAUCACUUUCCUCGUCGCGCUCAGCUUGCCCAUACUCCUGCACACCAUCCUCUACAAGAAGGCAGCUGCAGCCGCGCAGCUUCCCACCUUCUUGCUAGUCGGCCCGAGCGGUAGUGGUAAGACGGCCUUUACGACAUUGGCCGAGCGCAACGCUACAACCCAGACGCACACAUCCACUACACCUCUUACCGUCUCCGCUCUCCUCCCCAGCCCGCACGUCCCCGCGUCUUCGCACUACCGCUCACCAGGCGACCCAGCCUUCGAGCGCUCUCGCAACUUCCUCCUCCUCGACACGCCUGGUCACGGCAAGCUGCGGCACUAUGCCACCUCCCAACUUGCAGAUCCCAAGAGCAUUCGCGGUAUAAUAUUCGUUGUCGACGCCGCUCAACUAGGUGACGAAGCCGGACUGAGCGAGGCAGGAGAAUAUCUCCACGACAUCCUCCUCUCGCUACAGAAACGCUACACCAACGCUACCACAAGCAAACGGCCAAAGGACAUCCCUGUCCUUGUUGCGGCAAACAAGAUGGAUCUUUUUACGGCGUUGCCCGCAAAUCUUGUCAAGAACUCGCUCGAGAAGACAAUCACCGAGGUCAGGAGUAACAGGGCGAAGGCGCUUCGCGAUGCAGGUGCGGCGUUGAGCGGCGGCGAAGAUGAGGUGGACGAGGAGAAGGAGUGGCUGGGUGAGGGCGGCGAGGGCGUGUUCACAUUUGAGCAGAUGAGAGAGAGCGGGACCAGUGUAAAUGUGAUUGGGGGUAAUGUUCAGGCGAGCAAGGAGGGCGCUGACGUGGAGAAAUGGUGGCAGUGGAUUGCUGAACAGCUUUGAAGAAGCUACAGGUGGCCAGAGAGGGUAGGGUGAAUUGAAGCUCGAUUGAGUAGUAUCGAUGUAUCGAUACCCUCUUCGUUGAAUAAUGAAACUAAUUGUCAAUU